AUGGAGUUAACAUCGCCCUCCCCCACCUUCUCUGCACCCCCCACCCACGUUCUCUGCACCACCCCCCCCACUAUCUCUUCCCUGCACCGCCCCCCACCUUCUCUUCUCUGCACCGCCCCCACUAUCUCUUCUCCACUGCCCCCCACCUUAUCUGCACCCCCCACCUUCUCUGCACCGCCCCCCACCUUCUCUUCUCUGCACCGCCCCCCCACCUUCUCUUCUCUGCACCGCCCCCCACCUUCUCUUCUCUGCACCGCCCCCCACCUUCUCUUCUCUGCACCGCACCCCCCACCUUCUCUUCUCUGCACCGCCCCCCCCACCUUCUCUUAUCUGCACCGCCCCCCACCUUCUCUUUUCUCCCCCACCUUCACCUUCUCUUUUCUGCACAGCCCCCCCACCUUCUCUUUUCUGCACAGCCCCCCCACCUUCUCUUUUCUGCACAGCCCCCCCACCUUCUCUUCUCUGCACAGCCCCCCAACCUUCUCUUAUCUGCACCGCCCCCCACCUUCUCUUCUCUGCACCACCCCCCACCUUCUCUUUUCUGCACAGCCCCCCACCUUCUCUUUUCUGCACAGCCCCCACCUUCUCUUAUCUGCACAGCCCCCCACCUUCUCUUCUCUGCACCCCCCACUGUCUCUUCUCUGCACCGCAGCCCCCCCCACCUUCUCUGCACUGCACCCCCACCUUCUCUUCUCUGCACCGCCCCCCCACCUUCUCUUCUCUGCACCGCCCCACCUUCUCUUAUCUGCACCGCCCCCCACCUUCUCUUUUCUGCACCCCCCCACCUUCCCUUUUCUGCACCCCCCACCUUCUCUUCUCUGCACCGCCCCACCCACCUUCUCUUCUCUGCACCGCCCCCCACCUUCUCUUUUCUGCACAGCCCCCCACCUUCUCUUUUCUGCACAGCCCCCCACCUUCUCUUAUCUGCACAGCCCCCCCAACUUCUCUUAUCUGCACAGCCCCCCCACCUUCUCUUCUCUGCAUCCCCCACUAUCUCUUCUCUGCACCGCCCCCCACUUUUUCUGCACCACCCCCCACUGUCUCUUCUCUGCACCGCCCCCCCCACCUUCUCUGCACUGCACCCCCACCUUCUCUUCUCUGCACCGCCCCCCACCUUCCUUUCUCUGCACCCCCCGCCCCACCUUCUCUUAUCUGCACCGCCCCCCACCUUCUCUUCUCUGCACCCCCCCACCUUCUCUUAUCUGCACCACCCCCACCUUCUCUUCUCUGCACUGCCCCCCACCUUCUCUUCUCUGCACCCCCCACCUUCUCUUAUCUGCACCACCCCCCCACCUUCUCUUCUCUGCACCCCCCACCUCCUCUCAUCUUUUCCUUUUCUAA